AUGCAUCAAAGUAAAAGUUGGGUUAUAAUUCCCGUUAUCCAAUAUCACACAUUAAACCAAUGUGGUAGUGAAACAUUAAAUGCUGAAAUGCAGCGAGAAAAGGACUUAGAGAUAUUGGCAAUGACGCAGGACUAUAGAAGAUGCAUUUUUUCGAUAAACCUACCAACAGAUAAAGAAGUUUUGAUUAUUGGUGCUGGACCCAGUGGCAUGGAUAUUACUCAACAUAUUGCUAAAACCGCAAAACAAGUUUUCCUUAGUCAUCAUUUAUCGGAAGCUCCACCUACCGAUUUCAUGGGUACCGUCAGUCAAAAACCCGAUGUUAAAUAUUUUACAUCAACUGGUGCAGUUUUUAAGGAUGACAGUGUAGAAGAUUUUGAUUGUGUAGUCUAUUGUACCGGCUAUCAAUACUCAUUUCCCUUCCUUAGCUGUGAUUGUGGGAUUUAUGUGGAAAACAAACAUGUCCAACCCUUGUACAAACAUUGUAUCAAUAUCGAGUAUCCUACAAUGGCCAUUAUAGGUUUACCCUUUGCAGUAUUACCUACGCUAUGUUUAGAUAUGCAAGUACGUUUUGUCAUCAAAUUCUUUAGCAAUGAAGUGGAACUUCCCUCGAAACUUGAAAUGUUUAAAGAAUUAAAGCGUGAAAUUGAGGAUCGCAAAGCUAGAGGUUUAAGGCAAUGUGAGGCUCAUAAAAUGGGUGCUAAAGAGUAUGAAUACUACAAUGAUCUUUGCUCAAUAACCGGCAUUACCAACAUGAAACCUGUUGUGGCAAAUAUUAUGAAGGAUUGUGGCAGAAAAUAUAUUUAUGAAUUGGAAACAUAUCGUAACUAUAACUAUAAGAUAUUAGACAAUGAAAAUUUUCUUAAAUUCCCUACAAAUUGAGAAAUUUUUUUUAUUUAAUUGUAUAUUUUUAUCGAUAUUUAACGUUUUUUGAAUAAAUAUAAAUAAUAACUGUAAAAA